GGAAGCAGCUCCUGACCGAACCGGGUCUCCGGUGCAGCUAUGGCUGCGGGCGUCCCUUGCGCGCUGGUUACCAGCUGCUCCUCCACCUUCACCGGGGACCGGUUGGUUCAAUAUAUCCUUGGAAUAGAUGACCUUCUUGUGGAAGCAACUUCCAGUGAUGCUGUGAGAUUUUAUCCCUGGACCAUUGAUAAUAAAUACUAUUCAGCGGAUAUCAACCUGUGUGUGGUGCCAAACAAGUUUCUGAUCACUGCCGAGAUUGCAGAGUCUGUUCAGGCCUUUGUAGUUUACUUUGACAGCACACAAAAAUCAGGCCUUGACAGUGUCUCCUCGUGGCUUCCGCUGGCAGAAGUGUGGUUACCUGAGGUGAUGAUCUUGGUCUGUGACAGAGUAUGUGAAGACGGUGUAAAUCGACAAAAAGCUCAAGAAUGGUGCAUCAAACAUGGCUUUGAAUUGGUUGAACUUAGUCCAGAGGAGUUGCCUGAGGAGGAUGAUGACUUCCCUGAAUCUACAGGAGUAAAACGAAUUGUACAAGCUUUGAAUGCCAAUGUCUGGUCCAAUGUGGUGAUGAAGAAUGAUAGAAACCAGAGCUUUAGCCUUCUCAGCUCACUGGCUGGAGCAAACCAUAGCAUUGCAUCAGCAGAGACCUGUCACUCAGAGCAGCCCCAUUUGCCAGCGGCAGAGAGGGCAGACUCCUUCCCAGGCCAUCGGGGUGGCACUUCUAGCACAACAGAUGCACAAGUGGACAGCAUUGUGGAUCCCAUGUUAGAUCUGGAUAUUCAAGAAUUAGCCAGUCUUACCACUGGAGGAGGAGAUUUGGAGAAUUUUGAGAGACUGUUUUCAAAGCUAAAGGAAAUGAAAGACAAGGCAGCGACGCUUCCUCACGAGCAAAGAAAGUUGCAUGCAGAAAAGGUGGCCAAAGCAUUCUGGAUGGCAAUUGGGGGAGACAGAGAUGAAAUUGAAGGCCUUUCUUCUGAUGAAGAACACUAAAUUAUUCAUGCUAGGCUUGAAUAACAAAGAUUCUAGCAUUCUCCACCCAGGAUUCUUCCCUGCUCGAUCCAGUUAUGUUUUGCUGAGAUUCCAUUCUCGUAACUGCUUGACUGGUUUUUAGGGUCUUCUCAAUUUUAUUUUUAGUAGUGAGUUAAGGAAAAACCUUUUCUCCUUAGUAUAAGGAAGUAAGGAGGUCAAUGACAAGGGGAGAAUUUCUCAAACACACUCAUUUGUUUUAGGAAUCGGGGUGAAAUGAAUCUAAGAGGUCUGUGUGAUGUACCUAGGUUAGAGAAGAAGAGAGCCACCCAGCAUUCCUAGCCAGCUUUGUGUGUAGCAAUCCCUGUGUUCACAUCUAAUUGCUGCAGGUCAGGACCUUGGGCCAUUUUUUCCUGGGUGCUGUGAAUUGUCCCCCAUUCAAACAGCUUGCAGGUCUGAGCUGGAAUGUUUUUGGGAAACAAAGAGUCAGCUCCAGUUUACUGUGUGCUGUGGUGUAGUGGGGCAGAUAAAGUCAGUGGCCUACAAGUUUGUCUCUAAAAAAAUACUCUGGGCAUUUCCUUUUGAAGUAUGGUGUCUGAGCUCAUGCUAUAAAGAAUUGAAAAAACUGUGUAUUUUUAGACUAAGAAAUGAAACAAAGAUUCCUUACUCUGAUGGGGUUAAAACAAACUCUCUAUCAAGUUGCUGUGGAGGUGUGUGUGUGUGAGAAAGAAACCUGAGGCAUCCCUGUGUGGGCCAAGGAAACAGUGGGCUCUCAUUACUGAGCUUGUGAUCACAUGGUGAAGAUGUUCUUUUGCCUAAUUGGUCUACCUGCUACUGAGAUGCCAGAGCUAUGCUGGCACACUUUAACCGCCCCCAAAGGGCAAGUUUCCCCUCUUUCCCUGUGAAAGCCAAACAGACAGCACUGCCAAAGUAGCAGCAACUCAGUGGUGGGUGAGUGUGUGAAGUGUCAGGCCAUGCGGUCCUGAGCACCUGUUUUAUUUUCAGGGCUGCUGGCUCCUCUGUGCCCUUUCUUCUUUAUUCUGUGUCAUGUUUGGGUCAGCCUCAGGAACUCAUCGCCAAAAGGAAAGUUUCAAAGCAAAAGUGGAAAGUACCAAAGCAAAAGUGGAAAGUACAGCACAUAAAAUCCUUAUUUCUGUCUUGGAGACACUUGUCACACGUUAUUAGUCUUCUCUGUGGUGGUUACUGCCUUGGCUCUAACCUGGCCCAACACUGUAGAUAGAUGGUGCUGGCACAUAGGCUGAGAACUGGUUCUGGCCUAGUGUGGGUUCUGAAUCCAUUCACUCAUCAGUGAGAAACAGGUUAAGCCACAAGCAAAAACAAGGUUCAUACCUGCUCCAGACACAUGAGACAAGGACUUCAGAAGACAGCUGCACAGGAAGGAGGCUCUCAGGGCCCUGAUUUGCAACUUUUGUUCUCUGUUGCCCCCCCUGCAACUUCCCUCCCCCCCGCCACCAUUCUGAAGGUCCCUCAGUCUGUGGUUUACCACUAUCCCUUCAGUGGAUCAGUGGGACAGAUAUUUUUGAGGUGACUGUGCUUCUUUGAGGUAAUGUUUCCUUAGGAAGUUGACUCUCGAAAGCCAGAAAGGAGGACAUAUUUUUCUUAAAGCAUGGAAGAUUUUAGAAAAUGUAGUAGGCCUCAUGGUUGGGAAACACAGGCUAGAAAAAACUGAACUUAAUUUUGUGGAUCCAACAAAGCCAGAUAAUUAAAAUGUGAUUUAUUUGUAAAGUCUGCUAAUAUGUAUUAUUUUGGUGCUGCUGUUUUUAGGUAGGGGAUGUGAA